ACCUAGUCCCUGCUUCAAAUGUCACACAUCAGCCACAAUCAGUUGUGUCAAAUCCUAUAUCUGCAGCAAAUUUGGCACCUUGUACAUUUGUAACUCAAACUGCUCUGUCUUGCACCUCCAUAUCAUAUUACACGACCACACAUCCAGUCGUUCCCGUUGCCCCCCACCUCAAUUCAACGGUACCAACUUAUGCCACUGUCAUACAAACUGUAUCUCAUUGCAACAUUCCGUGCCAAGCUCUGCAAAAUACCUCUUCUGCCAACACCGGCAUAACCCCUUAUUCCUCCCCAGUCCCAAAAAUAAAAUCUUGCACUUCUCCGCCUCUACUUGUGAAAACUUUUGCGUCCAAUCUUCCAAAUGCUCAAUCGAAUGCAACACCAACUAAAGCUGUUCCUCUGUACUCUUCCACAUUUCGUGCUGCGCCACCUUACACACCUCCUUCUCAGGCCCCCCACAGCGCUCAGGAUAAGAGGGGCAUUCGACUUCCACCUCCUCCCCCACCGCCUCCACCAUACACACCACGGAAAAAGGGAAAUGAUCCGCCAGGUCCUGCAACCCGAACACCCAUGCUCAGGGUAGACAGCAAGGCCAAUGACAAAGAGAAAGAGGAGAAGGAGAGAAAGGAAGCUGUGAAAUGUACAGACUCACCAAAGCUCUGUGAGAGAGCCAGCUCUCUGAAGCACAGAGCACAAACUCCGCCAGUCGCUGUGAUGAAGGGAGAAAAGCAGCCUUCCACCUCCUCUCCUGCCAAGGCCUGCUUUAAGCCCAGCUGUCUCAGCUCAGCCCAGGCUCAGCUUGGGGUACUACACAAAAUGCUCUGCUCAGGAGCCAGUGCCCGGCCCAACACUCCCAACAGCCAGCAUGCUCUCCCCCCAAACCAGCAGGGCUGCUCUGGAGCCAAGGGCUGCUGUGCUUCUGGGGAGAGACCUACAGCUGGGCCGCUGACCGCCACCCAGGCCGACACUCUUCGACAGGUCCAGGAAAUUCUGGGAGGGUUGGUGUCGGGUGCCAGGUGCAAACUGGACCCAGCCAGGGUGACAGAACGGCUCCUGAGUCCCAACGGACCUCUCCGUGAUAUCCGAAGCCUGCAGACCCAGCUCCACAGCCUGGAGGGCGUCCUGGAGACCAGCCAGAACACCAUUAAGGUCCUGCUGGAUGUCAUUCAAGACCUCGAGAAGAAGGAAGCCGAGAGAGACGGAAGGCAUUCCUACCGAACCGGACAGGACAUUGAGAACUGUGGGACCUGCAGGGACUGCGCCUGCAUCAUCUACAGUGUGGAGCACGACUUCCGUCUGCAGGAAGGCCAGGUGGUCCGCACCUGGAAGGUGGGCGACCCCCCCGAGGGCUCGCCGCAGCCCCCGACCCCCCAGCCCUCCACGCCCAGCCAGCAGGACUCCCCUCAGGCAGUGCGACCGCCCGCCCCCGCCAAGAAGAACCGCAAGAAAUGCUUCUGGUUCCUCUGA